ACCGUAGGAAACCGCAGCAAAUGUAACUUUAGAAAAUGGUGAUGUCGGGGCAAUUGGGGCAACGUGAAUCUGCUUUAUUCUAGAUUAGAUUCCUCAACACAAAAAGCAAAAAGCAAAAAAGAAAAAGAAAAAAGACAUUGAAAUUCUUAGUCCAAAAUUCCAGAAAUCGAGAUCUAUUACAUUUUGGUGUUAGAUCUUACAAAUCCCCAUUCUUCAACCCAUUCGAUUGGAUCUCGACAUUGACAGAUCUCAGUAAAGCUCCCUUCCCCGCCACAUGGGCUCUUCGCAGUCCGCCCAAAUCCCCUCCGAAGCCGAGGAGGAAGAAGAAGACGACGACGAAAUCGGAGACGAAGAUGAAGAAGAGGAAGACGACGCCGUCCCCCGCGACAUCCCCGACAGCGCCGACCACGCCGUGGUGAAGAAGAUCCUGGAGCAGGAGCCGGAGAUGCUGCCCUGCCACGCCUCCGCCUCGCCGCUCUCCCCGCAGCUCUCCGCCUACGGCACGCCUCGCACGGGGCCUUCGAUCAAGGUGUGGGACCCGUACAACGUUCUCGCCCCGCCGCCCCCCGCGCACUUCCACCGCGGCUUCUCCUCCCCCGCCCCCUCCGACGAGGAUCGGGUGAUCACGGAGGUCUAUCUGGUCAGCCACGGCGAAUGCCACAUGAAUCUGAGGCCCGAUUUGAUCGCCGGCCGCUGCCCCGACGCCGCCCUCACCUCCAAUGGAAAGCGCCAGGCGCGAGCCCUCGCCGUGUUUUUGAAGUCCCAGGGUGUUAGGUUUAGUGCGAUUUACGCCUCGCCAUUGGAUCGGGCACGCGCCACCGCGCAGGCGGUUUGCCAGGAGUUGAAUUUACCCGAGGAACAUAUACAAUCAUCUGAUGCACUCGUGGAGAUGAGCCAAGGCCACUGGGAAGGAUGCCAUCGGUCGGAGGUUUUCACCCCGAGUACAGUGAGUUUAAUGGAGAAAUUCCAGCCCGAUUUUUCUGCACCAUCCGGAGAAUCCCUGAGGCAGGUAGAAUUCCGGAUGGUUCAGUUCCUAAAUGGUACGGUCGUGGCAUUUCCUGACAAAUUUAGGUCUGAUUUCUCCCCACCAGAUCCUAGUGACAACCCGGUUUUUGGAAACAACAGCACUCACGCACUUCCGAACUUGAUGCCCGAACGAGACGUGCCUUCUCUGGCACCACCCAACUGGGAUUCGUCGCACAAGCACCGGCAGGGCCUUCAUAAGAAGAAGUCCGGUAAGAGCAGACUCCAGAUAGUGACAACUGGAGACAAUGAGGCCGACGAUGAGAUGUCUCCGCGAGUAGUACCCAAUAACCAAGGUCCGAUACGCGACAUAAAUGUGAGAAUCACCCCCCCUUCUCUCGUGUCCUCGUGCGUUGGAGUGUUCAGCCACUCCACACCGAUCAAAUGCCUCCUGACCGGCCUCCUCGGGUGCAGCCCGGUGAUGUCACACAAGUUCUGCAUCGAAGAUUCUUCAGUCACGGUGCUGCAACACUCGUGGAAAGCCGGCUGGCAGAUAAAGAGAAUGAACGAUACGUCUCAUCUUCGACUUCUUUGAUGGUAAUAAGACCAGGAACUUUGGUUGUUGCUGUGUGUGUGUUGUUGGUUACACUGUAUUGAAUUGUCAUGGUUGAUGGUUCCUUUUCAAGUAGAUGCAAGUUAUUUCUGGAGCUGGGACAACACUGAUAGAUGAGUAAGAUUCUUUGUGUUUGUAGACACUCCAAUUUCGGAGAAUUUAUCCAGUUUUUUUGUUUAUUCAAUGUCUGUACUUGUAUUUCACAGCAAUCGACAUAUUAUUAUUUUUUUUUUAGUUUUUACUUAUCAUUGUAA